UGACAGUUUGGUGGAAUUGGUAGGGUGUGGCAUAUUUUUAGCUGCUUCCAAGGAACUAAAAGAUUAAUUUGGUUGUCUAUUGUGAAAAACUGAACCAAUUGAAUGCAUGCCUCAACAAGUAGCGGCUAGAACUGGUACAUCGUAAUGGUGCCAUAUUCCACCAGGGCAAUGCUAGACCGCACACAGCUUUGAUCAUACGCCAUAAACUGAGAGAGCUUGGCUGGGAGCUGUCGAUGCAUCCCCCAUAUAGCACUGACCUUGCACUGUCAGACUGUCAGUUGCUUCGUUAUUUGCAGAACUCAUUAAAUGGUAAAACUUUCGAAAAUGACGAGGCUAUAAAAUCGCACUUGGUUCAGGUUUUUUGCAGAAAAAGGCCAGCAGUUCUAUGAGUGGAAUAAUAAUAAUGUUGUUCCCACAAAAAGGAACAAAAUUACAUAAUCGAUUAAAUUUCAUUAUAAAUUUAAAAAAAAAAAGAAGUGUAUUUACUUCCUUUAAAAAAUCGUCGCUUUCUUUAGGGGCAACUCAAUAUAUACGCCAGUUUAGCUAAUAAUAAUUUUGCGACAUUACAUAGAUAUUAUUUUUUGUUUCAUUUUUCUUUCCACAGAAGAGAUUGCACUUAUUUUAUUUUUAUUUUUUUUAUGUUCAAAAUAAUAUAUAAAAUUAUACAGCAUAUUCUUACUAGCACUAUUUGUUAGAUAAAAUUUUAAAUUAUUCCUAAAAAGAAAAAGCGUGCCAUAAAAUCGCUCAAAACUGGACACCUCCACUAAAUAGAUUAGUAAACAAAUUAUUUUAGUUGAAAUUCAUAUCAGUACAAUACGAUUUGCAUAACAUUUAAUGUUUUUUUCUCUCUUUUUUUUUUAGUACAUUUGCUUUAUAUUUCUUUUUAUUUGAACGGUGCUUAUGUAUGUAUAUGCACAUUAAUUUAUUUGUUUGCUCACUUUUUCCUCUUUGCUUCGAAUUAAAGUGCGUUUAUACAUAUAUAUUUAUGUAUAUAUGUAUGUAUGUAAAUGAUUUGCUACUCGAGCCAUGAACAAUGUGUGCAUUUUGAAUUUCUUCUUCUUUUCAGCUUUCUUUGGAAGUUAUAACGCAUUAUUUUCUAAUCUUUUCUUUUAUUUGCUUUCAAACACACAUCGACAAACACAAUUAGCAAUGCAUCAAGCACGGAAUGUUAGCAUAGAGUGGGAGAAAAAAGUUAGCAAAAAAAAAAUCUUACUUUUAUUAUGGCCUUCCAUUAUUUUAUUUUUCUUAAUUAUAUAACAUACAUAUAUGUAUAGAAUUUGCAAUACAUUGUACAUAUUAACAGGUAUUUGAAGCAAUGCGGAAGUAGUGCAAAACAUUUUUUUUUUUUUGUUUUCUAUAUAGUAAUUGAGUGUGUGUUUGUGUGUUAGUGUGUUUGCGGGCGUGUGGAGAAGAGGAUUUUGUUUUUGUAAUAGUUUCUGUUAGACACAAUAAGACGAUGUCUUAAGUAGCAAAAUUAUUGUGUUUUAAUUGCAGUACAUAUAUUUGAGCGAAUUUUUAAGGUUCGAAGCGUUCAAUUUAAAGUUUUUUAUUUUAUUUUUUUUUUGUGUGUGUUAUAUAAUAAUAAUAGUUAAAAUUGCAGGCAUGCUUGGUUUGCAACUGGAUACAAGUUUAAAAGGCAUAAAAUAAAUUUUAUGAAAAAAAUCAGAUUUAAAGCAAAUAAAAGCACACUCAUUCCACUGAUUGAUGUAAAAUAUGCCCUAAUGGAGACAAUGGAAUUGCACUCGUAUGCAAAGCGAAGGGUGGCGAAAAAAUGGUCAACUGAGCAGAAAAGGCAACUUGUUGAGGCACGCAUCAACAACGACGGAUUCUUUACGAAUAAGCCAGCUGCAAGUGUAGCGCCGUGGAAGAAAAUUGUAAGUUUGGCUAAAUUAGACGAUUACAAUGUCUUCUUCGUGCGCAAACAAUGGUCGAAUAUGGUCAAUAAGUACAAACAUUACAAGCUAAACCGCUUAGAUGUCAUUCCAAAUGGCGCACACGAUGCUGAGAAGAUACAGAAAAUAACCCAGGAAUGGGAAUUCUUUGAGCCAAUACACCGUUUUAUGUCGCAAAAGACAACAAAUUUACAUUCGUACGCACUCCCAGUAACCGUACGUAUACCAGUACCACCGUCGGCAGCACUAGAUGAAGAUGAUGGCAGUUCUAAUUGCUCGCCAUAUGGACUUGACGAGUAUAGUAGCGACAAUAAUUAUGUUUUCAAUGCAAAUACACCGAAUGCUCGAAAUGACGCACUACCCAAUACAGAUCAUGAUUUUUAUACCAAGAAAAAUGGUUUGCCAUUAAAUUAUUUUGCCGAUGAGAGUAAUGAUACUCAAGAAUCAAUGCUGGUCGAACAGCCUAUCACCUGCAAUGGUGUGACAGAAGGUAUGGAACAAGUACGUUUGCAUAUAGCUGGCGAACAAAUUGUUGAAAUGAAAAUGGAAUCACAAUGCGACACUCUGAAGACUGCAACCAUUCAAGUACAGCAACAUCAACAACAAGUUUUUAAUGAUACGAAUAUGCCCAGUACAUCUGCUGGCUGCAGCAGUCGUUUGAGAAAUUUACAACGCCGCACAAUCGAAAGACCGCUUAACGAGCGGGAACGUUAUUACCGCCACAAGCGUCAUUUUAAUCGUCGUCUAGAGCAACGAUUCGAUGCAUUACUAAACGUAUUCGGCCAAGUUAUCAAAGCCGAGUAUCCAAAUAUCAAUGUCAGUCCAAUAUUGGGCGCCGCGGCACAGGGAGUCACGCUGGCAAAUCAACUAUUCAAAAGUGACGACGAAAGCGUUGAUGAAGAAAAUGAAUCAUCAUCAUCGUCAGAGCAAUUUCAUGUUAUGGGAGAAGAGACGAAUGAAGAUGAUGGCAAUCAGAAUGCUUGGCAAAAUCACUAAACAGCAAAA